GCCUGGGACCGACCGCAGGUCUGCAGGGACCGCGCCGAGCCGCCCCUCCCUCCGGCGUGCAGCCAUGGCGCGGAAGUCGAACCUGCGUCUGCUUCUUGUGCCGUUUCUGCUCGGCCCGGCGCUGCCUGGAGGACAUUAGUGUCUGGAGGCUCUACCCUGGACGCAGUGGAGAGUGGCUGUGCUGUGUGUGAGAGGGAGCAGUGUGAUGGCACUGUGGGAUUUGGAGGGAGUCCUGAUGAGUCCAGAGAAACCACGCUGGAUGCCAUGAUCAUGGAUGGCACUACUAUGGAUGUCGGAGCAGUCGGAGAUCUUAGACGAAUUAAAAACGCUAUUGGUGUGGCUCGAAAAGUACUGGAAUACACAACACACACACUUUUAGCAGGAGAGUCAGCCACUAAGUUCGCUGAAAGUAUGGGCUUUAUCAAUGAAGAUUUAUCUACCAAUACUUCUCAAGCUCUUCAUGCAGCUUGGCUUGCUCGGAAUUGCCAGCCAAAUUAUUGGAGGAAUGUUAUUCCAGAUGCUUCAAAAUACUGUGGACCGUACAAACCCAAACCGCCUAGUAUCUUAAAACAAGAUUAUCCUGCCUGUAAAGGAACGGGAGAUAAUUAUGGUCAUGAUACUAUUGGCAUGAUUGUAAUCCAUAAGACAGGACAUACUGCUGCUGGCACAUCUACAAAUGGUAUAAAAUUCAAAAUACCUGGCCGUAUAGGAGAUUCGCCAAUACCUGGAUCUGGAGCCUAUGCUGAUGAUGCCGCAGGAGCAGCAGCAGCCACCGGGGAUGGUGAUACACUGAUGCGCUUCCUACCAAGCUACCAAGCUGUAGAAUAUAUGAGAAGAGGAGAAGAUCCAACCAUAGCUUGCCAAAAAGUGAUUUCAAGAAUUCAGAAGUAUUUUCCAAAUUUCUUCGGGGCUAUUAUUUGCGCCAAUGUGACUGGAAGCUACGGUGCUGCUUGCAAUAAACUUCCAACAUUUACCAAGUUCAGUUUCAUGGUCUAUAAUUCUCUAAAAAAUCAGCCAACUGAGGAAAAAGUAGACUGCAUCUAAUCCAUCUUUUCUGUCGACAUCUGUUUAAAGAAGGAAACAAAGGCUGAAAAGGUUACUCAUCAUACAGUGUGCCUCGUGUAUUUUGAAGUCCUUGUGUAAUAUAAGCACAAAAAUAAAUUUAUGCCAAAGUGGCAUUUUUCA